AUGGCCAGGCUCGCCGACUACUUUGUUGUGGUCGGUUACGACCUCGACAAGCGAGUGGAUGGUGAAGGUCAAGGCCGCAUAAUCCAGCGAUUCCCUGAGAAAGACUGGGAGGACAGUCCGUUCCCACAAGGCGUUGAGCUGUUCUGUCAGCCCAGCGGUUGGCAACUGGCUCCCGAGUGGCAGCCAGCUUCCUUCUUCGUUGCGGUUUUGACUGACAUCAACUCAGACCGUCACUACUGUGCCUGCUUUACCUUCUGGGAGGGCCUGGACAAUCCACAGAAGUCUGAGGCCAGUGAGGCCGAUGAGGCAGACGAGGAACCCUCUGUUGUCCAAUCAGCUAAAGUCUUUGCCCCCAAAAGCCUGGUGCUGGUAUCUCGGCUCGAUUACACUGAGAUGUUUAGGAACUGUCUGGGUUUGAUUCACACCAUCCAUGUAGAUGGCCUGACUGUCCCUUUGGAAACAGUGAUUGGAAAUCUCCUGACUUGUAUCAUCCCUAUUGCUGGAGGCUCUCAGAUAGAUGAGUCCCCAGUUUGUAGUUUAGACAAAGUUCCCCAGGCCCUGGCCUGUGACUGGCUCCUGGCCUGUCUCCAGCCGAACCUGGAGGAGAGAGAAGAGAGUUUGAGGACAAUAACAUUAGGUGCAGGCGACCGGCAAGUUAUCCAGACCCCAAUUAACGACGCCUUACCUGUAAGCGGCAGCAGUGUGGCCCAGCUCUUCAGACAGCUUGGCAUUAUCAACGUGCUGUAUUUGUUUUGUGCUGCCCUUACGGAGCAUAAGAUCCUGUUCCUGUCAAGCAGCUAUCAGAGACUAACUGAUGCCUGUCGAGGGCUGCUGGCCAUAAUGUUUCCCCUCAAAUACAGUUUUACUUAUGUUCCCAUCCUGCCGGGAAAACUACUAGAGGUCCUGAGCACUCCCACCCCCUUCAUCAUUGGUGUCAACUCAUUUUUCCGCUCGGAGACACAAGAACUGUUGGAUGUAAUUAUUGCUGACCUGGACGGAGGCACCGUUACCAUCCCUGAAUGUGUCCACAUAUCCUUGCUGCCUGAACCUGUACUCCAGCAGACCCAGACAGCACUCUCCAUGGUUUUGGAUCCAGAGUUGGAGUUUGCUGAUCAUGCCUUCCCUCCACAGUCCCUGCAACCCUCUGCACUCAAAAUCCAGGCAAGGAAGAUGUACAUACUAGAUAAGGAGAUCCGAGCAGUCUUCCUAUGGCUGUUUGCACGGCUUUUCCAGGGCUACCGUUGGUGUUUACACAUAAUACGCAUUCAUCCAGAACCUGUGAUCCGCUUCCAUAAGGCAGCCUUCCUGGGUCAGAGGGCGCUGACGGAGGACGACUUCCUCAUGAAGGUGUUAGAUGGCAUGGCAUUUGCAGGUUUUGUGUCAGAGAGGGGUCCUCCCUACAGAGCCACUGACCUGUUUGACGAUCUGGUAGCCAAUCAGGUGGAGCGGAUACGUCAGGAAGAGACAUGUCCGCAUAAAGUCAUGAGCCAUGUCAAGGAGCUGGCCGAGCAGCUAUUCAAAAACGAGAAUCCUUACCCUGCUGUGGCCAUGCACAAAGUCCAGCGACCAUCAGAAAACAACCAGAACUCUGCACAGAAUCAGACGCUUUUCCCUGUUGUGGAUGAUGUCGCGGUACAGCUUUUCAUCGAUCAUGCCGCUUCCAAGCUGAAGAGUGCUCCUCCCGUGGUGAAGGUGGAGGUCAAGAGCAUGGUGCCAUCUGGACCACCGCUAGGAGACAUUGUGGACAAGAAUUGCAACGUGAUGGCUAAUAGUGCUCGUAGGCUAGAAGUGGUCAGGAACUGCAUCACAUACAUCUUUGAGAACAAAAUGUUAGAGGCCAAGAAGCUAAUGCCAGCUGUACUGCGGGCGUUGAAAGGACGGGCAGCCCGGGUUUGUUUGACACAUGAGCUCAAUCAGCAUGUCCUACAGAAUCGAGCUGUCCUGGAUGACCAGCAGUUUGACUACAUUGUUCGCAUGAUGAACUGCACCUUACAAGAUUGUUCACAUAUGGAUGAGCAUGGCAUCGCAGCCGCACUUCUUCCACUUGUCACAGCCUUCUGCCGAAAACUGGGUGCAGGCAUCACCCAGUUUGCCUAUAGCUGUGUACAGGAGCACAUGGUGUGGACUAACAUGCAGUUUUGGGAGGCCAUGUUCUACAGUGAUGUCCAAAACCACAUCAAGGCUCUCUAUUUGGAAACAGAGGAUGGAGAUCAGCAGGGCAACUCGCUGGACGAAUCUGGAGACAGAAAGGAAAUUGGUGCCCUGGAGCUCGCGUCAGAGCAGAACCGGCUGUGGCCGACGCUCAGCAAGGAAAUGCAGAUGGAGCGCGUGCAGAAGGAGGAGAGUACUGUGUUCAGCCAGGCCAUCCACUAUGCCAACAGGAUGAGCUACCUGCUGCUGCCGCUGGAUACCAGCAAGAACCGGCUGCUGAGGAGCUCAGGGCUUGGGGAUGUAGAAAGUGUUAGCAACAGCUAUGUCACAAACAGUAUUGCAGGCAGCAUGGCAGAGAGCUAUGACACAGAGAGUGGCUUCGAAGAUGCAGAGAGCUCCGACGUGGCCAACUCCGUGGUGCGCUUCAUAAACCGCUUUGUAGACAAAGUCUGUAACGAGAGCGGCGUGACAAACGAGCACCUGAAAGCCCUCCACUCCAUGAUACCAGGUAUGGCACCACAGCUUCUGAUCUCUAUUUGCACCAUUAAGGAGCAUCACGCCAAACAUUACAGGGAAAAAUAUGUCGUUGCAGAUAUUGUCCAGAUGCACAUUGAGACAUUGGACGCAGUCCACAGAGAGAGUAAAAGGCUGCCUCCGAUCCAAAAGCCCAAGCUGCUGAGGCCAACUCUCCUGCCUGGCGAGGAGCUGGUGAUGGACGGCAUGCGAGUCCACCUGAUUCCAGAUGGCCGUGAGGAGGCAACGGGCCUAAUGGGCGGUCCACCUCUUCUUCCUGCCGAAGGCGCCAUCUUCCUGACAACUUAUCGCCUUAUCUUCAAGGGCACACCUACUGACCCACUGGUGGGAGAGCAGGUUGUUACUCGCUCCUUCCCUAUUGCAUCUCUAACCAAGGAGAAAAGAAUUUCAGUCUCCUUAACCAUGGACCAGUAUGUCCAAGAGGGUCUCCAACUAAGAUCAUGCACCUUCCAAUUAAUGAAGAUUGCAUUUGAUGAGGAGGUUGCGUCAGACCUAGCUGAAGUUUUCAGGAAGCACCUGCAUAAGUUGCGUUACCCUCAGCACGUCCAGGGUACCUUUGCUUUCACUGUGGGUCAGUCUGGAAAACUGGUGGUGGAACACAAAACGAAGGACAAAAACCAGUCGCUAAAAACACUUUCCAAAAACCUGGUAAAGACUGCUAAGAGGACCAUUGGUCGGCAGUAUGUGACAAGGAAGAAGUAUUCUCCGCCCACUUGGGAGAACAGAGGCAGCUUCCAGUCGGAGUUGGAUGAGGAUGAAAUCUCAGUCUCGGAGGAAGUGGAUCAGAGCUCCCUCACCCUCUCUUCCACCAUGCGCUCCUCAGACAGACAAACAAUGAGCAACGUUGUGGAGCGUGCCUGCUGCCGCGACUACCAGCGUCUGGGUCUUGGCACGCUCAGUAAUAGCCUGACCCGGUCGAAGAACGAGCCCUUCAGAAUUUCCACUGCGAACCGCAUGUACACUGUCUGCAGAAGCUACCCUGGCCUGCUGAUCGUCCCUCAGAACAUCCCAGACUCAACCAUCCAUCGAAUUUGCCGCUGCUACAGACAGAAUCGUUUCCCCGUGGUGUGCUGGAGGAAUUCUCGGACCAAAGCUGUGUUGCUGCGCUCAGCGGGCCUGCACGCAAAGGGGGUGGUGGGCUUCUUCAAGUCCCCCAACGCACCCACUUCAGUGCCGUCUCAGGCAGACUCAACCAGUUUGGAACAAGAAAAGUACCUACAGGCCAUCAUCAGCUCCAUGCCGUCUUACAGUGAGAGCAGUGGCAGGAACACUUUGAGUGGUUUCACGUCCACACAUAUGAAUACCUCUGACUCGUCCGAUAAGUUGAGAAACCCCAAGAUAGGAGCGCUGAUGAAGCAGGUGAUGGGCUCCAAGGAGGAUGUUCCUGGAACCUUCAGCAGAGGAGCUGUUGGUCAAAGGGCCAAAGUCAUCUCCCAUUCUCAGCCCAAAGUGUCUGGCAAGGCCAGGAACCCUGCUAGAGGUAAAUGGGGCAGCAUCCGGGGCAGUGGGCGUCUAAGUGCCUACAAUCCAGAUGUGGGGACUCGUCUGGCUGGGAAGGAGUCUCCGCAGCCCAAUGGCGGACCUACUGAGGUGCUCUUCCUCCGCCAGCAGAGGGCCUACCUCUACAUCAUCGGGGACAAGGCCCAGCUCAAGGGAGGAAAACAGGACUCGUUCCAGCAGUGGGAGGUGGUCCCCAUCGAGGUGUGCGAUGUGCGGCAAGUGAAGAACAGCUUCAAGAAACUGAUGAAAGCCUGUGUGCCAAGCUCUUCGAGCACGGAGCCCAACAUGAGCUUCCUGCGCUGCCUAGAAGACUCAGAGUGGAUGACCCUGCUGCACAGGGUGCUGCAGGUGUCCGUGUUGGUGGUAGAGCUUCUUGACACCGGCUCAUCGGUCAUGGUCAGCCUGGAAGAUGGCUGGGACGUCACCACACAGGUUGUGUCCUUGGUGCAGCUGCUGUCGGAUCCCUAUUACAGAACCUUUGACGGUUUUCGGCUGCUGGUGGAGAAGGAAUGGCUGUCGUUCGGUCACAGGUUCAGCCACCGUGGAGCUCAAACGCUGGGAAGCCAGAGCAGCGGCUUCACCCCUGUUUUCCUCCAGUUCCUCGACUGUGUUCAUCAGAUCCAUCUCCAGUUCCCCAUGGAGUUUGAGUUCAGUCAGUACUACCUAAAGUUCCUGGCCUACCACUACGUAUCCAACCGUUUCCGCACAUUCCUGCUCGACUCGGACUACGAGCGCAUUGAGCUGGGAGUACUCUACGAAGAGAAAGGCGAGAGGAAAAGUCCUCAGGUGUGCAAAUCCGUGUGGGACUACAUCGACAAACUCAACAAGAAAACUCCCAUUUUCUACAACUACAUGUUUUCUCCCGAGGACGACGAGGUGUUGCGGCCUUAUACCUUCAUCUCCAACCUGAAAGUUUGGGACUUCUACAUGGAGGAAAUGCUGUCCGAAGGGCCAUCGUACGACUGGGAGCUGAGGGGUCGGCAGGAGCGAACGGCAGACGAAGCGGCGGCAGAGAAGCCCGACACCAGUGCCCCCAAAUCCCAGCGCGUCAUCGUGUGGCCUUGCUACGACAACCUCAGCAAGGCCGUGCCUGACGCCAUCACCAAACUCCUGCAGGACGUGCAGAGCCUGGAGGCCGAGCUCGGCCAGACGUCGGAGAAGUGGAAGGACAUGUGGGACAAAAUCAAGGGGACACAGAGGACCGAGACUAAACUGGAGAGCAAGCUGUCGUUCUCCAGCUCCCUGCUCAUGUCGUCCAACCUGAGCCACCAGCGCCGCUCUCAGGGAGUCUACCUGCAGGAGAGCGGCGUGGGGUCGUCCAUCAACCUGGGGCUGGACUGCGAGGCCAGUGCCACCUCCACACCGGUGGCAGGCCGGCCCAGCACGAGCACGCUCUACAGCCAGUUCCAGAGCCACGAAAGCGAGAACAGGUCCGCACACGCCACUUCGAAGCAGUCUAGUUUAUGUCUCCGUCUCCAGCUGAGAUACUACGAGACCAGACAGGACAAGGAGUGCAAAGGGGUGAUCGAGCUGGCCGAGGUGGAGUCUGUCACAGCAGGAACGCCAGCCAUGGGAGCGCCGAAAAACAUAGAGGAGAAAGCCUUCUUUGAUCUGAAGACGACCAAACGAGUGUACAACUUCUGCGCCCAGGACAGCCUGAACGCUCAGCUGUGGAUGGACAGUGUUCAGAGCUGCCUGUCGGACGCAUAGAGAGGAAAAAAAAAAAAAAGACUCCUCACCACGGAGGCAUCAGGGUGGGGCUGCUGCCCAACGAAGGCCUCUGUUUGCAGAAAAACAGGACGGAGAAGGGGCCUUUCACCACUAGCACCAUUCUGUUCUCUCUCGUGUUGGAACUUAUCCUACGUCGUAACGUUUCAGAAUUGUUUUGUUAUAAAAAAAAAAAAAAGGUAAAAGAAAAAAAAAAAAAUGUUCCAGAAGAACCACUUCCUGUUGUAGCUGCAGCCUCUUACCCACCCCCCCCCCCCC